AUGAUUAUAUUUCCUAGGGUUGUGCAGCUGGUGCUUCUGCUGGUUUCCCAGACGGCGAUCAUCGCUCUGUUCUUCCACCUGUCCAGCUACAACUUCCGCGCUCUGCCUCCGAAGGAGGCGCCCAGGCCCGUGCACGUGCUCGUCCUGUCUUCGUGGCGCUCCGGCUCGUCGUUUGUGGGGCAGGUGUUCGGGCAGCACCCAGACGUCUUCUACCUCAUGGAGCCCGCCUGGCACGUCUGGAUGAGCUUCGCGCAGAGCACGGCCUCGCAGCUGCACAUGGCCGUGCGCGACCUGGUCCGCUCCGUCUUCCAGUGUGACAUGAGCGUCUUCGAUGCCUACAUGCCACCGGGUCCCCGGACCCAGUCCAGCCUGUUUAAGUGGGAGGCCAGCCGAGCCCUGUGCUCCCCGCCGGCCUGCCACAUGUUCCCCCCGGGGCAGGUCAUCUCCGAGGCUCACUGCAAGACGCUGUGCAAGGGGCAGCCCUUCGAGGUGGUGGGGGAGGCCUGCCGCUCCUACAGCCACGUGGUGCUCAAGGAGGUGCGCUUCUUCAACCUGCAGGUGCUCUAUCCGCUGCUCAGCGACCCCGCGCUCAACCUGCGCAUCGUGCACCUGGUGCGGGAUCCCCGGGCCGUGUUCAGCUCCCGCCAGCACACCCUGGCGGAGCUCAUGGCCGACAGCCGCAUCGUCUUGGGGGAGAAGUGGAGACAACUCAAGAAGGAGGACUGGCCCUACCACGUGAUCCAGACCAUCUGCGAAAGCCAGCGGGACAUCCUAGGGGCCGUCCGGCUCUUGCCCAAAGCCCUGCGGCAGCGCUACCUAUUUGUGCGCUACGAGGACCUGGUCCGGGCCCCGAAGGCCCAGACUGCCCGAAUGUAUGAUUUUGUGGGGCUGAAAUUCUUUCCCUGGCUCCAAACCUGGGUGCAAAACAUCACCCAAGGCAAGGGCACGGGCAAACAUGCCUUCCACACCGACGCUAGGAACGCCCUCAAUGUCUCCCAGGCCUGGCGCUGGACGCUGCCUUUUGAAAAGGUCACUCGGCUUCAGGAAAUCUGUUCUGAGACCAUGACUUUGAUGGGCUACCACCAUGUCACGUCUGAGCAACAGCAGAGAAACCUGUCACUGGCUCUUCUGUCUGCCUCGGGGGUCUCCGAGCAAGAUGACCAAUAGGGUUAAGGCGGGAAGUGUCCCACCCAAGACCACCCUCAGACACACAGGUGGGCUGCUUCUGAGCCCUGACUGGCGUUUUUUGUAGGCGCAGUGCCCACAUAGGUUCAAGCAGAGAAACCUUUGUGUCUGGACUCGAAUGUAGACAAUAACUCAGGAACCAGAGAAACGAUGGUGUUGCCCUGAGAUCCUUCCUACCAGGGUCUGCCUCAAAGACUUCCUGACCUGGGCCUGCUAGGCACCACGUAGCAGCAGUGGACUAAACCCAUCACCUCUGUCUGUGUCUUGGGACAGGGAGAAAGCAAGAACCAGGAGAAUACCCCCAACCCCUCCCAAGGAGCCAGUGUGCGAACUCUGAGCCCCAGAAGCUCCCAGUGGACACGAGGCAGGGAGCAGGAAGAGGGUGGGACACAUACCUGUAAGCGUGGCCAUCGCAAAGCAGUAAGAAAAUCUCUGCCAACCCGGCUGAGCCCACUGCGAAGUCCUUUCCCCUCAGCGCUCUCUCGAAGUCUUUGACCUGUGCAGCUGCCGUCCCUUACCACCAAAAUGCCAAAUUAAGAUUCUGUUUGGAACAUCCUCUUUCAAGCUUUCUAAUUACUACCAAUGACCACUCAUUCUCAUGUAGUCUAUCUGAGAACAUAAUCAUCUUCCUGGAUUUUCUUUG